AUGUUAAUCCGAUACAGAAGAAGCGUAAGGAAAACUCAAGAUUUUAUCCCGACCCCUUCCUCUCCUUCUUCUCAACUCCAAUCUCGAGCGAACUCUGCUCUACGAAAUGAGAAUCAGUCAUCCAGGAGCACAAUCCCUGCGUUCAUUCUUUCAAAUCCUAUUCUCCAUCUGCUCGAGAAAUGCAAAUCGAUCUCCCAGUUGAAGCAGAUUCAGUCUCAGAUGGUUCUCACGGGGUGGAUCGCGGAUGGGCAGGCGUCCAGUCGUUUGAUCGCGUUCUGCGCGAUGUCUCAAUCGAGGGACAUCGAUUACUGCAUCUCGAUUCUGGAUUCGAUCGAGGAGCCAAACGCGUUCUCGUGGAAUUUCGCGGCUCGGGGAUGUGUAGAGAGCGGGAGGCCUGAGAAGGCAUUUGUUCUGUACAAGAGAAUGCUGGGUCGGGGGUUCAGGCCUGACAGUUAUACUUACCCGUUGCUGUUGAAUGCUUGCGCUGGGUUGGGAUUGGAUUAUUUGGGUCUUGAGAUUCUCGGGCAUGUGUUGAAGUUCGGGUUUGAUGGGGUUGUUGUCGUGCACAAUGCGACGAUUCACAUGUUUGUUUCUGUUGGGGAGUUGGGGUAUGCACGCCAGGUGUUCGAUGAAGGUCGCGUGAGAGAUUUGGUUUCUUGGAAUUCGCUGAUUAAUGGGUAUGCUAGGAAGGGGAAGGCGAGGGAGGCGAUGAGUGUUUAUAAGGAGAUGGUGGAGGAGCAGGUGAAGCCAGAUGAGGUGCCGAUGGUUGGGCUCCUUCUAGCUUGUGCACAGUUGGGGGAUCUGAAACUGGGAAGAGAUUUCCAUGGCUAUGUUGAAGAAAACGGAUUGAGAUUAACGGUUCCCCUCACAAAUGCACUUCUGGAUAUGUAUGUGAAGUGUGGUGAUCUUGUCGCUGCAAGAGCUCUGUUUGAUAAGUCGAAAGAGAAAACUGUUAUAUCAUGGACUACAAUGAUUGUUGGAUACGCAAAAUGUGGAUUUUUGGAGACAGCGAGAGAGAUUUUUUACGCCAUGCCAGAAAAGAAUGUUGUCUCUUGGAAUGCUAUUAUGGGAAGGUAUGUCCAAGCCAAGCGUGGCAAGGAGGUGUUGAUUUUGUUUCAUGAAAUGCAAGGUAGCGAUAUACACCCGGAUAAGGUGACCAUGGUUCAUUGUUUAUGUGCUUGUUCACAGCUUGGCGCACUCGAUACUGGAAUGUGGAUUCAUCGGUACAUUGUAAAGCACCAGCUCCCUUUAGAUGUUGCUUUAGGGACAGCUUUAGUUGACAUGUAUGCAAAGUGCGGGAACCUCCCAGAGGCUAUUGAUGUUUUUCAUAACAUGCCAGGGAGAAACACCAUGACUUGGACAGCUCUCAUUUGUGGUCUAGCUUUCCAUGGACAUGCACUUGAUGCCAUAUCCUACUUCCUGAAGAUGCUCGAUGCUGGUUUGAUGCCGGACGAAAUCACCUUCAUUGGUGUACUAUCUGCUUGUUGCCAUGGUGGGUUGGUGGAUGCAGGCCGUGAGUAUUUCGACCAAAUGACGUCCAAAUUCAGUCUCCGUCCUCAGCUCAAACACUACUCUUGCAUGGUGGAUCUUCUCGGUAGGGCUGGUUUACUGAAAGAAGCACUAGAUUUUAUUGAGAGCAUGCCGAUGGAGGCAGAUGCUGCAGUGUGGGGUGCACUGUUUUUUGCUUGUAGAAUUCAUCACGGAAAUAUCAUCAUAGCUGAAAGGGCAGCUUCGAAGCUGCUCGAGUUGGAUCCCCACGACAGUGGGAUUUAUGUGCUGCUAGCUACCAUGUAUAGGGAGGCAAAUAUGUUUGAAGAGGGCAGAGUAGUGAUGAAGAUGAUGCAGGAAAGGAGAGUGGAGAAGAUCCCUGGGAGUAGUUGCGUUGAAGUUAGUGGCAUUGUUUAUGAGUUUAUCGUUAGGGAUAGAUCGCACCCACAAACUGAACUGAUCUAUGAGUGCUUAACUCAAAUGAUUAAGCAGCUGGAGUCACUUGAUUUCCAAUCUGAAGAUGCAGCUUUCUGCUAA